GAUGAUUUGGUUUGUUCAUUUCCAUUCGUAAAAAAAAUUGUAUGAUCUGAGAAAACCUAAACGAAACUACAAAGAAAAUGAAAUUUUUUCUCUUAUCAUUUGUGUUGAUGGUAGUUGCCGCUACUGCCACUUAUGCAGCUCAUGUUGGUUCAGGUAGCCGUGAUAAUAAUAACAACAAACCAGUACCAGCUGAAGGAUUUGCAAAAGCUUCGAAUGAAUUUGGUUUCCAUUUAUUGAAAGAAGUCAUUCAACAUCGAUCAUCAUCUGGAUCACGUGGAUCAUCGGAAAAUGUUCUUUUCUCACCAUACAGUGUUGCCGUUGCAUUAUCAAUGGUACAUCAAGGUACCCAAGGAUCAACUGCCGAACAAUUUAAACGUGUAUUGUAUUAUGAUCGUGUACAACAAUUGAAUGGCGGUGAAUAUCAAACUGUUGCCAAUUCAGUGAAACAAAUUCAAAAUCAAAUUAAACAAUCGGAUCAAAGUAAUCAAUUUGAUUGGGGUAAUAUGUUGAUGGUUGAUCAACAAAUACCGGUUAAAGAUCAAUAUAAAAAAAUUAUUGAACAAUAUUAUGAUGGUCAAGUAAUGUCGGUUGAUUUUCGAAAAGAAUCCAAAAAUGUCAUGGAACGAAUCAAUCAAUUUGUAUCGAACAAAACACAUGGUUUAAUUGAUCGUAUGCUUGAACAACCACCAUCGGCAGAUACUGGUCUUGCAUUGAUUAAUGCCGUUUAUUUCAAAGGUGAAUGGCUUAAACCAUUUGAUUCAAUGCGUACAGAACAAAGUGUAUUCUAUGGUCAUCAUGGUCAAGAAUAUAAAAAUGUUCAAUAUAUCAAUGGACAAGGUCCAUAUGGAUAUGUUGAAGUUCCACAAUGGAAUUCUGAUUUGAUUCAAUUGCCAUACAAAGGUGAAGAUAUUGCUUUCUACGGUGUAUUGCCACGUGAACGUAAUUAUGAUCUUGACAAAAUUCGUCAAUCAAUCAAUUCAACUUUUGUUGAUGAAAUUGUUGGACAAAUUACCGGUGGUCAGUCAUCAACUGUUUAUUUCCCGAAAAUUGAACUCAGUACAUCAUAUCAAUUGCCGGAAAUUUUAAAAUCAAUGGGCCUACAGGAUGUUUUCACUGAAUCAGCUGAUCUUUCCGGCAUCACCGAUAAGAAACCAAUGAAAAUUGAUGAUGCCAUUCAUAAAGCUAAAUUGAUUCUCAAUGAACAAGGAACUGAAGCCGGUGCCGGCACCUAUAUACAGAUGGCUGUUUUAUCUGCAUUAGAAACAUCACACACUUUCCGUUUUGAUCAUCCAUUCAUGUAUUUUAUUCGACAUUUACCAACCGGUCAGAUUUUGUUCCUUGGUGAAAUUCAUGAUUUUAUCAUAAUCAUCAUUAUGAAAAAAAUCAUUCUAAGUAUUAUUUUUUGUUCAUCAUUAUGUUCAUUGAUCAAUUGUCAAAAUGUAAUGUUACCAAAACAACCGGAAAAACCAAUUGUUCCAUCAUCAUUUGUUCAUGCAUCAAAUGAAUUUGGUAUCAAUGUACUAGAACAAUUGAAUCCAUCACCACCUGAAGAUGCCAAUGAAGAAGCAAGAUCUCAAUAUCCUGAACCAAAAAAUGUUCUCAUCUCUCCAUUUGGUUUAGUAUCAUCAAUGGCAAUGAUGUAUGAAGGUGCUAAUGGUCAAACAGCUGAUCAAUUUGCCAAAGUAAUGAAAUUCGAUCAAAUGGAUAAAUCGACGAUACCAAAAGCUGUACAUGAUGGUUAUGAUUCAAUUAAAUCAUUAACCGGUCUAACAUAUCGUAUGGCUAAUGCAUUGAUCGGUCAAGAUGGUAUUGGUUUCACUGAUGCAUAUAGUAAAAUGAUCCAGGAUAAUUUUCAAGCACAAUCAUUUGAAUCAAAUGUUGAUUUGAAUGAUUUGAAUAAAAUAUUUUCCGAUAAUAUGAUAGAAAGAAUGAUUAAAGCUAAACCAUCGGAUAUUAGUAUGAUGUUGGUGGAUGGUACAUAUUUCCAUGGUAAAUGGAUGUAUCCAUUCUAUGAAGAUGAAAGCCAUAUCGAUACAUUUUUCGGUCGUAAUGAUGUUACUUAUAAUAAUGUUACAUUUAUGCGAAAAUUUGGUCGAUUUGGUUUCACUUAUUUAUCGGAUGUUGAAGCCGAUAUGAUUGAAUUUCCAUUCGAAGGUGAUCAAAUUGCAUUCUAUGGUAUAUUGCCAAGAGAUCCAAAUGAUGAUCUUUCCGAUAUUCGUUCAUCAUUAAAUGUUUCCUAUAUUGAAAAAAUGAUUAAUAAACUUUCAUAUAAAAUGGAUUCAACAGUUGAAUUACCACGAUUAAAUGUUGAUCAUGAAGAAGAACAAUUAUCAGAAAUUUUAAUGAAAAUGGGUAUUACCGAUGCAUUUGGUAAUGAUGCAAAAUUCGGUUCGAUUUCAACACAACCAGCACAUCUUACCCGUGUUAUGCAUCGAUCACGAAUGAUUAUUGAUGAACAUGAUGGUAAACGGCCGGCAAAUAACGAUGAUGAUGAUUCGGCAACCGGUGUUGCACCAUUAUUCUAUAAUUUUAAUCAUCCAUUCUAUUAUUUGAUACGUCAUAAACAAACCGGACAGAUCUAUAUGAUGGGUGAAGUGCAUACAUUUUAGAAAAAAAGGAGGAUGAAAUCGAAUCUUGAAAACAAAAAUUUUUCACAUUUCACAUUUGACAAUUGAAU